AUGUUUCCACAAAUUUUCACCAUUUUGGUCUCGUUUAGCUUGUGUUUUGCCUCUUACUUAGAACAAACACAUUUUCAAACAAAAUAUGAACAAUUUGGUGUCAUGGCAAGGACUUAUCAUCCAUCUAUCGCACCUUCGCGAUCUCAAAAAAUGAUUAAUGUCAACGAUUAUGGAGCUAGAGCUAAUGACGGACAAAUCGAUAAUAAGGCCUUUGAAAAGGCAUGGAAUGAGGCAUGUUCUAAUGGAAGAGUUCUUGUGGUACCUGGAAAUAGUGUCUAUCAUCUAAAGCCAAUAAUAUUUUCAGGGCCAUGCCAACACAAUACUGCAGUAAAGAUUUAUGGAACAAUCAAAGCAUGGCCUAAAAUAUCAGCAUAUGAAGAAGAUAGGACGCUAUGGAUUAAGUUUGAGAAUGUCACAAAUCUAAUAGUUAAUGGUGGUGGAACCAUUAAUGGAAAUGGACAAAUAUGGUGGAAGAAAUCUUGCAAAGUCAAUGAAAGCCUUCCAUGCAAAGGGGCACCAACUGCUGUGACAUUCAUUGAAUGCAACAACUUGAAAUUGAAUAACCUAAAAUUCAAAAAUGCACAACAAAUGCAUAUAAGGGUUCAGAAUUGUAACAAUGUUUGGGCUUCAAAUCUUAUCAUCAGAGCACCAGGAGAUAGCCCCAACACUGAUGGAUUUCAUGUCACUCACUCACAAAAUGUUUUCAUAACCAACAGCAUCAUUGGGACAGGUGAUGAUUGUAUUUCAAUAGUAAGUGGGUCCAAAAACAUUAGAGCUACAGAUAUCAUAUGUGGACCAGGACAUGGAAUAAGCAUUGGAAGCUUAGGACAAGAUAAGUCUGAAGCUCAAGUGUCCAAUGUGGAAGUGAAUAGAGCUACUCUAAAAGGAAGCACUAAUGGGGUUAGAAUUAAGACUUGGCAGGGAGGCUCUGGCUAUGCAAAAAACAUCAAAUUUCUCAACAUCGUUAUGCACAAUGUGACUAAUCCCAUAAUCAUAGAUCAAAAUUAUUGUGACCGAAAAACAGAAUGUGAAGAGCAGGACUCUGCAGUGCAAUUGAGCAAUGUGGUGUAUCAAAAUAUAAGAGGAACAAGUGCCUCAGAAGUGGCAAUCAAACUUGAAUGCAGCAAGGCUGUUCCAUGCAAAGGAAUUCAUUUGCAAGAUGUGAUUUUAACACCAGAAGGCAAUGAUGGCGCCAUUGCAAAAUGUGAAAAUGUUAGAUACACAAAUAGUGGAAAGUUUUUUCCUAAAUGCCAACCUUGA